AUGUUGGAUGGAAAGCUCUUAUGGGGAAAUACACCUUCGGCGUUCCGAGGUCAACUACAACCCUCUGAGCUACUUGCAGAGGGAGAAGAACUUUUGUUCGGUAAGAGUAUCCAAUCUGUCGCUGAUAGGUCAAGAGCCAGAGCAUGCGCUGCGACGGGGAAUUCAAAUCCUGGACCAACCGUGUCGGAACAUAUGAGAAGUCAAGAUCCGCUGGAAUAUGCUUUGAGCAUCCUAAGGAAGGAGUACGACGAGGACGAGCUAGAUACUUACGAUCCCUUAGCCAUUGAGCCCCUCCUGCCACAUUCAGCAUUGACUGCCUUAGGAGAGCGUCAAUUGACAAUGGCUUGA